AUGGUUGUUCUGCAAUUGGGCGCUAGUGGUUCUGCUGUAGGUUCAAGUGUUGGUUGGUGUCUAGCUUCGAUAGGUACAAAUACAUUAGGUAGUGUACUUGGUCCAGCAAGUAGAGCAGCUCUAUUUGCUUUCCGUCCAACUAUAGGUCGAUUAUCCAGAAAUGGUAUAAGCCCCGUUAGCUUGGAUCACGACGUAAUUGGUCCUAUGGGACUCACGACUUAUGACGUCGCGUUGAUGCUGGAAGUAAUGAGUGGUGAAGAUGAUAAUGACAAAUCGAUUGAGUAG